GUGGAGCCGGCGGGCGCAGCCUCAGCAUGGACGUGACGGUCUCGGAGCUCAUGGAGCUCUUCUUGCAGAGCCCGCUGGUGACCUGGGUGAAAACUUUUGGCUCCUUCGGAAGCGGCAACCAGGACAACCUGACCAUGUACAUGGAUCUAGCCGACGGCAUCUUUUUGAACCAAAUCAUGUUGCAAAUAGACCCCAGGCCAACAAAUCAGCGCAUCAACAAGCACGUCAACAACGAUGUGAACCUUCGCAUUCAGAACUUGACCAUCUUGGUGAGAAACAUUAAGACGUACUACCAGGAAGUUCUCCAGCAGCUGAUCGUAAUGAAUUUGCCCAAUGUCUUGAUGAUUGGCAAAGACCCACUGUCUGGGAAGAGCAUGGAAGAAAUCAAGAAGCUGCUGCUGCUGGUGCUGGGCUGUGCCGUCCAGUGUGAGAAGAAAGAGGAAUUUAUCGAAAGAAUCAAACAGCUGGACAUUGAGACCCAAGCUGGGAUCGUGGCCCAUAUACAGGAGGUGACCCACAACCAGGAGAACGUGUUUGACCUGCAGUGGCUGGAGCUCCCGGACGUGGCCCCAGAGGAGCUGGAGGCCCUCUCAAGGAACAUGGUGUUUCAUCUCAGGAGGCUCAUCGAUGAACGAGACGAAUGCACAGAGUUGAUCGUGGACCUGACCCAGGAGCGGGACUACCUGCAGGCGCAGCAGCCGCCCAGCCCGCUCAAGUCGUCCAGCACCGAGUCCACCCCCAGCCCCACCAGCAGCCUCUCCAGCGAGGACAAGCAGCACCUGGCCGUGGAGCUGGCCGACACCAAGGCCAGGCUGCGCCGUGUCAGGCAGGAACUGGAGGAGAAGACGGAGCAGCUUGGGGACACCAGGCACGAGGUGGACCAGCUGGUGCUAGAGCUGCAGAAGGUCAAGCAGGAGAACAUCCAACUGGCGGCUGACGCCCGCUCUGCUCGCGCCUACCGAGACGAGCUAGACUCCCUGAGGGAGAAGGCGAACCGCGUGGAGAGGCUGGAGAUGGAGCUCGUGCGCUGCAAGGAGAAGCUGCAUGACGUGGACUUCUACAAGGCCCGCAUGGAGGAGCUGAGAGAAGACAACAUCAUUUUAAUCGAGACCAAGGCCAUGCUGGAGGAGCAGCUGACCGCGGCCCGGGCCCGGGGCGACAAAGUUCACGAGCUGGAGAAAGAGAACCUGCAGCUCAAGUCCAAGCUACACGACCUGGAACUGGACCGGGACACAGAUAAGAAGAGAAUCGAGGAGCUGCUAGAGGAAAACAUGGUCCUGGAGAUAGCCCAGAAGCAGAGCAUGAACGAGUCCGCGCACCUCGGCUGGGAGCUGGAGCAGCUGUCCAAGAACGCGGACCUGUCCGACGCCUCUAGGAAGUCAUUUGUGUUUGAGCUGAAUGAAUGUGCCUCCAGCCGCAUCCUGAAGCUAGAGAAGGAGAACCAGAGCCUCCAGAGCACCAUUCAGGGGCUGCGGGACGCGUCCCUGGCAUUGGAGGAGAACAGCCUGAAGUGCGGGGAGCUGGAGAAGGAGAACCACCAGCUCAGCAAGAAGAUUGAGAAGUUACAGACUCAGCUGGAGAGGGAGAAGCAGAGCAACCAGGAUUUGGAGACCCUCAGUGAGGAGCUGAUCAGAGAGAAGGAGCAGCUGCAGAGUGACAUGGAGAGCCUGAAGGCUGACAGAGCUAGGCAGAUCAAGGUCCUCGAGCAAGAGAAGGAUCGUCUCAACCAGGCGGUGUGGUCGCUGCGGGAGAGGUCGCAGGUCAGCAGCGAGGCCCGCGCGAAGGACAUCGAGAAGGAGAACAAAGCCCUCCACCAGACGGUGACCGAGACGAGCAGCCGACUCAGCAAGCUGGAGUUCGAGAAGCAGCAGCUGCGCAAGGACUUCGAGCAGGUGAAGGAGAAGGUGGAGCGGGCGGAGGAGCUGGAGAGGGAGCUGCACCGGCUGGAGAAGGAGAACGAGAAGCUGGCCAAGAAGGCGGCCUCCCUGAAGACCGCCACCGAGAAGGCGGACGCCCUGGAGCGCGAGAGCCGGGGCCUGGCGCUCGAGAACCGGCAGCUGAGGAAGUCGCUGGACACCCUGCAGAACGUGUCGGUGCAGCUCGAGGGUCUGGAGCGGGACAACAAGCAGCUGGACGAGGAGAACCUGGAGCUGCGCCGCAUGGUGGAGACCCUGCGCUUCACGGGCGCCAAGAUGGCGCAGAUCGAGCGCGAGAACCAGGAGCUGGAGCGGGAGAAGGAGGAGCUGCGCAAAAACGUGGAGCUGCUCAAGGCCCUGAGCAAGAAGUCCGAGCGCCUGGAGCUCAGCUACCAGGGCGUGAGCGCGGAGAACCUGCGGCUGCAGCAGACGCUGGAGAGCAGCGGCCAGAAGGCCCAGGCCCUGGAGCAGGAGCUCAGGGAUCUGGAGGCCGAAAACCAGGCCCUGCAGCGCGACCUGGAGGCCCUCCGGCUCGCCAACAAGCAGCUGGAGAGGUCGGAGAAGGACCGGAAGGCCCUGGAGCAGGAGGUGGCCCAGCUGGAGAAGGACAAGAAGCUGCUGGAGAAGGAGACCAAGCGGCUGUGGCAGCAGGUGGAGCUCAAGGACGCGGUCUUGGACGACAGCACCGCCAAGCUGUCCGCCGCCGAGAAGGAGAGCCGCGCCCUGGACAAGGAGCUGGCCCGCUGCAGGGACGCGGCCAGCAAGCUGAAGGAGCUGGAGAGGGACAACCGGGACCUCACCAAGCAAGUCACCGUGCACACGCGGACGCUGACGACGCUGCGCGAGGACCUGGUGCUGGAGAAGCUGAAGAGCCAGCAGCUGAGCAGCGAGCUGGACAAGCUGAGCCAGGGGCUGGAGAAGGUCGGCCUCCACAAGGACCUGCUGUUGCAGGACGAGAGCGGCCACGGCAACACAAAAUGCAAUAUGUUGGAGGGCAAUAACGAGUCAGCACUAAAAACAACGUUAGCCAUGAAAGAAGAAAAGAUUGUGUUCUUGGAAGCACAGAUGGAAGAGAAAGCCAGCCUGAACCGACAGUUACAGAAUGAACUCCAGGUGCUGAAGACAGAGUGUGAGAUCCUCAGGCAGAACCAGGAGGAAGGCAAGCACUUACAGAACUCUUUCAAACACCCUGUGGAGACUUUGGUCACCGGCCACCAGGGGAAGGAGCCCUGGGGGCCCAGCCACAAGGAGGCCACCAUGGAGCUGCUCCGAGUGAAGGACCGGGCCAUCGAGCUGGAGCGGAAUAAUGCAGCUCUGCAGGCCGAGAAGCAGCUGCUCAAGGAACAGCUACAGCACGUGGAGACGCAGAACGUGGCCUUCAGCUCUCAGAUCCUGACGCUGCAGAAGCAGAGUGCCUUCCUACAGGAGCACAACACCACACUGCAGACCCAGACGGCCAAGCUGCAGGUGGAGAACUCCACCCUGAGCUCCCAGAACGCCGCGCUCACCGCGCAGUACACCCAGCUGCAGAACCAGCAGACAGCCAAGGAGAGCGAGAACGAGAACCUGCUGCGGCAGCAGGAGCGGCUGGCGGCGGCCCACGAGGCCCUGAUGCAGGACCAUGAGCAUCUGGCCGCGCUGCACGAGCACCAGUCCUCGGAGUACGAGGCCCUCAUCCGCCAGCACAGCUGCCUCAAGACGCUGCAUCGCAACCUGGAGCUGGAGCACAGGGAGCUCCGAGAGAGGCACGAGGACAUGGUGAAGCAUAAGGCAGAGCUGGACGAGCGGGAGAAGGUUUUGAACACUGAGAGGGAGGCUCUGCAGCAGGAGCAGAGGACGGGCGCCAUGGCCGUGGGCGAGAACCAGCGGCUGCGGGGAGAGCUGGACAGGGUCAAUUUCCUGCACCAGCAGCUGAGAGGGGAGUACGAGGCGCUGCAUGCCCACGCCAAGGAGCUGAAGACCUCCCUGAACAACUCCCAGCUGGAGCUGAGCCGCUGGCAGGCGCGGUUCGACGAGCUGAAGGGGCAGCACCAGAGCAUGGACAUCUCGCUGACCAAGCUGGACAACCACUGCGAGCUGCUGUCCCGUCUCAAGGGGAACCUGGAGGAAGAGAAUCAUCACCUGCUGAGCCAGAUCCAGCUGCUGAGCCAGCAGAACCAGCUGCUCCUGGAGCAGAACUUGGAGAGUAAGGAGCAGUACCAUGAGGAGCAGAAGCAGUACAUAGACAAAUUAAAUGCCUUGCGGAGGCAUAAAGAGAAACUGGAAGAAAAGAUCAUGGAUCAGUACAAGUUCUACGAUCCUGCUCCAAAGAAGAAGAACCACUGGAUUGGCGCCAAAGCCUUAGUCAAACUCAUCAAACCAAAGAAAGAAGGUUCCAGAGAACGACUAAAGUCCACCGCAGAGAGCCCUCCUUGGCAGGUGGAGUCCCCAGACCCAGCCUCGCCAUCUCCUCAGACCCUCAGAUUGCAGCCAGAGAACCCCGAGACCACCCCGUCUGGCUCCAACAGUACAGAAGAGCGGGACACCCUCAACGGGCCCGUGGGGAAAGGCCUUGGGGACCUAAAACCAAAGCAAGGGUCCCCGCACAGAGGCAGUCUUGACCACACGGAUGCCUCCGCUGACCCAGCCGUGAAGCUCUGGCCCUCGGAGCUGAGCUCCCGGACCUAUUCAACCUCAGCCAUCACUACAACCCCUUCCAGCUCCACCUCCCUCUCCCGGCACCCAGGCCGCACCAAAGGCUAUAAUUCAGAUGACAGCCUCUGUGACCCAUCCCUGGAGCUGGAGUUCAACCACAGGCCGUACGUGUCCCGUCCAGACAGCUUGGAGAGCAGUCGGAACACAUCCAGCGAGAGCUCGCCUCUUAACCUGAAAGGGUCCUCGGACCAGCUCCACGGGAGGUCCGAGAGCUUCAGCAGCGAAGACCUGAUCCCCAGCAGGGACACGGCUGCUUUGCCACGGGAUGCCAGCACCCCAGGACGCACCGCCCUCGGCCGCCAUGAGUACCCCCUGCCCUGGAACGGGCCUCUCUCCCAGGACGGCGUCCAGAAGAGAGGCACUGCACAGCCCCACGCGGGGGGACGGCCCUGCUCUCCCUCGCCGAGCAGUGAGAUGGUCACGCUGGAGGAGUUUCUGGAGGAGAGCAACCGGAGCUCCCCAACCCCUGACACUCCCAGUUGCCGGGAUGACCUGCUGAGUGACUAUUUCAGGAAGGCCAGCGACCUCCCAGCCACUGGAGGCCAGCCAGGACCACCUACCAGGAAAGAAGGGGCCAAGAUGCCCACCAGCUUUGUGGCCCCCACCAUCAAGAUGGCCAUCAGCACCUCUGAGGGGAAGCUCCCGAAGCCCGGGCAGUAUGUGAAACCAAGCUUCAGAGCUGCUGAGGCCGAGGCCCUGCCCAGUGGCCCCCCGAGGCAGGUCCAGCCUCCCCAGAGCCUGUCUCUGGGCAGACCCCGGCAGGCCGCCAUGCCCCCGACAUCCCACACGCCUGCCAGCAGGAGCGCGUCUCUGAGCCGGGCUUUCAGCCUUGCCUCUGCCGACCUUCUCCGAGCCAGCGGGCCAGAGGCUUGCAAACAGGAAGCCCCUCAGAAGCUGGGGGGUCCUGACAGCUCAGGGGGCAGAGAAACGGGCAGCCAUGUCCUACAAAGCCCCACACCCCUCAGCUCCCACAGCCUGGCCCGGGAGCGGACCCCACUUGUGGGAAAGACUGGCGGCUCUGGUCAGGGCCCAGGCCCCCGCAGCCGGCCCCCGGAUGUGAGGCGUUUCUCACUGGCUCCCCCAAAGGAGGAGAGGCUGGCCCCCCUGCAGCAGUCCGCCACAGCCCCGGCCAUCGCCGCUGGAGCCGGAGGUUCCUGCAGUGGCAGCAGCAGCUCCCAGACCCAGCACUUCCCCCCCGCCGCAGCCCAAGCCACCAGGACCAAAGCCCAGACGCCCCCCCACGCGGCAGAGGUGGCCACCGUCGUCCCUGUCCGGGGGCCACUCAGCUUCUCCGAGGGUGAUGGGGUCCCAAGGCAAGGCCACAGUGAGGGGCUCCCCGCCAAGAGCCCGGGGAGGUCUCCUGACCUGGCUCCCCACCCCAGCCGGGCCUCCGAGGACUUCAGCCGCGGGAGCAGCUUGAAGAGCACGCCGGCGUCCCCCGAGCCUGGUGGGGACCCGCAGACGGUGUGGUAUGAGUAUGGCUGCGUGUGACUCAUCUGGGCCAGCGGCUUCUGAACCUUCCAGCGACUGACUCACCUUCUAAUUAUGAUGGCCUUUUCUUCUGUCUGCCUGUGGUGCCGGGAAGGGGUUUAGAAUGCGGACCGGGGUUCCUGGGCAUCUCUCCCUCUUGUUCUGUUAAUGAAAACACUGUGCCAAGCCCUGAGAGGAUUACACUCCCGUGUGUGUGUGUGUGUGUGUGUGUGUCUUUAUGUGUAGCCUCCAGCAACCGCUCUUUUGAACAAAUCCACGUCAGCACGGGGACACUCAGAAUACAGUGACACAACUGACCCCAGAGUAGACACUACUUGAGCGCGUCCUGGCAGAACACUCAUUUACAACUUGUCGACCUCUCUUAAGGCACUUGUGUUUGUGUGUGUGAGUGUGCAAACACACGUUCCCAUGGCCAAGCCCUAGUGGUUCUGGAAACUCCAUGUCCUCUUCCUAAAAGCCAUUUGAUCCUAGGAGAAGUCCAGACAGGCCAAACUACAAACAGCUGGAGGACCUCGGGGAGACACCAGAAUUAGGAUUGCUGCUGAAACCCGGGAGUGCGGCCACGCCAUUUCCUGGGGUCCCAAGCAGUUCCACCUUACCCCAGGGCAGGUGGCCUCGGGCUUGGCCCACCCACCCGCAGUUGGCUCCUGGGCUCCAUACGGUGCGCUCUGGGGGCCCCGCGGAGACCUGCCUUCCCUGGCUCUCUCUUCUUGAAACACUGGAUCUUCUGGGGCUAGGGACCGCGGCAGAGAGGAGCGCCAGUCUCGGCCCCCUCCCAGCAAGCGGGCGUUGUGCUCGGAGGGGAAGCACGCGCAGGAGCGGGUCGUAGGCCUGUGUGGUAAUGUGGCUGCCGCCUCUCUCCUUCCCGUCUCAGAUGAGAGACUGAUUUAUUAUUUCUGAAUAAUUUCUUGUGGUAGAAACCAAAUUUCUUUUAAUAUAUUAUAUAUGUACACACUCCUGUGAAAUAUAUAUACUUCGAGGGGGAUCUAUUUAUGUUCCAUUGGGAGUCUGUCUCUUCUCUCAGGAAUCUUACCUGCUGCUUUGUGUAUUUGGUCAGAUUCCUGACAAACGUUUUCUGUUUAGUAAAGGUGCUCUUUCUGGGAUGUACUAAACCUGGUGAUUUUAUUUUUAAGGUAUUUUUUUUUUCUUUUGAUUUAAUAUACUGAGAAAGAAAUGGGACUGUUAACAAGACCAGUUGUAGGAGUGGUUUGGGUUGUGUACUAAAUAGCCAUUCAUUCUGGAACACGAGGACAGGUUGAUAAUAAAAAGGAACGGCAGA